UAUGGAAGAUAUUAAUUUGUGGUUAGAAUUACAUGAGGAAUCUAUUCAUCUAGAUUUUUGAGCUAUACAUCCAAAACUCAUUAACAUGUUUAAGAAGAUUACAUCAUAACUCUUUUCUUUUUUUCCACCUAACUUCACUUCAAAAUGGUUACUUUUGCUACUGUUCAAGGCCUACAUGGUUCUCUUCUAAGAUCCCAAUUCCUAGGCCAAGAUCUUCACUUUCCUCUCAUAAAAACAUCCAAAAGAAAUCAUAGAAAUCUAACUUGUCAACCACAAACAUGUGCUGAAUUCAACAUACUAAAAAUGAUGGGAGGAAGAGGACUAUGCAAUGGAGAAAUAGGAGUUGAAAAAGAGCUGAAAAGGAAAGUUGAUGUAGAGGAAUCAUCAUCAUCAUCAUCAUCAUCAUCGUUAUCCAAUGAAAAAGUGCAAGAAAACUCAGAAAAGUUGACUGUUGAAAUUCCAGAAGAUGGUUUUGAGAAGGAAAUGAUGGGGCUAACCGGAGGGUUUCCAGGUGGUGAAAAGGGUUUGGUCAAGUUCAUUGAGGAAAAUCCACCUAGAAAAAUUUCUCAAACUUUUAGUAUUGAAGAAAGAAAUAAUCAAAGUGUUGUUGAAGAAUCCAAAACAUCCUAGUUCAAAUCUCUUUUAUGUCCACUUGGAUAAGGUUUCUUUCUGAUGAGUAAUAAUACUCUUUUCUUUUUGUACUAGCAUCUGUGUAUCUAUGAGAAAUCACAAUGAAAAUUAACUAGUGCUAUUAUUAUUAUUAUUA